UCGCAGAACAAUCUGGGACGAGCCGCCUGGCCCCCGCCAGACUGGGCGGGCUCGUGUCCCCUGAGGAGCAGCUGCUCUGCGGCUUCCACUCUGCGCCCAGGUCGGGGUUUUCGAGACUGACAGCCUUCCAGGGACGCUGGCCCAGCCUCCCUAGGACCCGGGGGCGGAGACACGGGGGCUGUGCACCGGACUACUGAGCUCCUCUUGUUCCCACCCUCCCAGCCUCCUCCCGAGCCCCGCCGGGGACUGUGCCAAACUUGGGAAGGUAUCUUCCUCUCCGCUCUCCAGGAGCUGCAGCUGAGGCUGGGAGGCAAGAGAGAACAAGCUCGCAGGAAAGGAGGAUGUUUUCUUCCAGUGACUAUGGAACCACCUCCUGGGAGCUUAUUGUCCGUGUUGAUCACCAGUAUGAAGAAGAACAAAAAGAAUUUACACUUAGAGUAUCUGGAGACUUACAUAUUGGGGGAGUCAUGCUCAAGCUUGUAGAACAAAUCAAUAUAGCUCGAGAUUGGUCAGAUUUUGCUCUUUGGUGGGAACAAAAACAUUGCUGGCUUUUAAAAACACACUGGACUCUGGAUAAAUGUGGUAUACAGGCAGAUGCAAGGCUGCUUUUCACACCUCAGCAUAAAAUGUUACGCCUUCGUUUGCCAAACAUGAAAACUGUGAGACUAAGAGUCAGCUUUUCAUCUGUUGUCUUUAAAGCUGUUAGUGAUAUCUGCAAAACUCUUAAUAUUAGGAGAUCAGAAGAGCUCUCUUUGUUAAAACCAUCAGAUGAUUAUUUUAAAAAGAAAAAGAAAAAAGAAAAGAGUAACAGAGAGCCUAUAAUUGAAGACAUUUUAAAUUUAGACAACUCUGUAACCAUUUCAGGUUCUCCAGUAAGUCCUGGCUUAUACAGUAAAACAAUGACUCCUAUUUAUGAUCCUGUCAAUGGAACGCCUGUUUCUUCAACCAUUACUUGGUUCAGUGAUAGUCCUCUGACAGAACAAAGCUGUAACAUCCUUGCUUUCAGCCAACCCAGCCGCUCACCAGAAACACUUGCUGAAAUGUUCCAGCCUAGGUCUCUAGUUGAUAAAGCCAAACUUAAUGCAGGUUGGCUAGACUCAUCCCGCUCUCUUAUGGAACAAGGCAUUCAGGAAGAUGAGAAACUAUUGUUACGCUUUAAAUACUACACAUUCUUUGACUUGAAUCCCAAAUAUGAUGCUGUUCGAAUAAAUCAACUUUAUGAACAAGCCAGGUGGUCCAUUCUCUUAGAAGAAAUUGAUUGCACUGAGGAGGAGAUGCUGAUCUUUGCUGCUUUACAGUAUCACAUAAGCAAAUUGUCAUUGUCAGCAGAAACUAUGGAUUUUACAAAUGAGUCUGAAGUGGAUGAAGUAGAAGCUGCCCUCUCUAACCUGGAAGUCACAUUAGAAGGUGGAAAAUCAGAAAACAUUUUGGAGGACAUUACCGACAUACCAAAGCUUGCAGACAAUCUCAGAUUAUUUAGAUCCAAAAAACUAACAUUAAAAACUUUCAAACAGUAUUGGUUUGUGUUUAAAGACACUUCAAUAGCCUACUUUAAAAAUCAAGACCUUGAACAAGGGGAACCACUUGAGAGACUAUAUCUUAGAGGCUGUGAAGUUGUACCCGAUGUAAACGUAUCAGGGAGAAAGUUUGGAAUCAAGUUGCUAAUCCCUGUUGCUGAUGGUAUGAAUGAAGUAUAUUUGAGGUGUGACAAUGAGAAUCAGUAUGCCAGAUGGAUGGCUGCCUGCGUCUUAGCUUCAAAAGGCAAAACUAUGGCAGAUAGCUCCUACUGGCCUGAAGUAAACAACAUUCUUUCAUUUCUGAAGAUGAAAAACAGAAAUACAUCUUCACAGGCACCUUCUGAUCCUGAAUGCAUGGAUAUGAAACCAGAAUGUUUUGUGUCACCUAGAUGUGCAAAGAAAUAUAAGUCUAAACAGUUGGCAGCUCGAAUUCUGGAAGCCCACCAGAACGUGGCACAAAUGUCUCUAGUUGAAGCUAAGCUCCGUUUUAUACAAGCAUGGCAGUCCUUACCGGAAUUUGGACUCACGUACUACAUUGUGAGGUUUAAAGGAAGCAAGAAAGAUGAUCUUCUUGGAGUCUCAUAUAAUAGGUUAAUUAGGAUAGAUAUGGCCACAGGGGAUCCAAUUACAACAUGGAGAUUUGCAAAUAUGAAACAGUGGAAUGUAAACUGGGAAAUCCGUCAGGUUGCCAUAGAUUUUGACCAAAAUUUAUCUUUUGCUUUCACUUGCCGAAGUGCAGAUUGCAAGAUAGUACAUGAAUAUAUUGGUGGCUAUAUCUUCUUAUCCACCCGCUCAAAAGACCAAAAUGAAACACUUGAUGAAGAGCUCUUCCACAAAUUAACAGGAGGUCAGGAGUAAAACAGCUGACUUGGAUGACCUUUGCAAACAGUACAACCAUAUCAUGGUUUUUGGUUUUUUGUGGGUUUUUUUU